AUGGCUGAAGCAGAAAUCGAACACGAACUUGUUACGACGACGCAUCAAGGUCACGCGGAAGAGAUUGCCAAGAACUUGAAGGUUGGCGAGUACACUGGAAUCGCCGUCGUUUCUGGCGACGGGCUCUUUCAUGAAGUCGUCAAUGGAAUCAUGAGCCGAGAAGAUGCGGAACAAGCUUCUAAACAAAUCUGUCUCGUACCAAUUCCUGGAGGUUCUGGGAAUGCGCUCGCAGCGACCAUCGUUUACACCGUCCUUGGAAUCCACAACGAUCCUAAUCUCCUUCAAAAUAUGCUGAUCAUCUUCGCUAAUGGGAGUCCUACUCCAAGUACCAUCCUGCGUUGGGAAAUUCAUUCCAACGAGUCUCAGACACGUUUUUCUUUUCUUUGUGGCAUGUGGGGGAUCGCAGCCGACAUUGACUUUGAAUCGGAGAAAUAUCGAUCAAGUCUGGGGAGCAAUAGGUUCAUUGCCAUGGCUGUACAGAGGAUAUUCAACUUGAGAAAGUAUGAUGGAUCCUUAGAAUACAUGGAUGAAACAACAGAAGAGGUGAAAACGAUUAAUGGGCCGAUUACAGGAGUGAUCUUCACGACUGGCACUCAUUUUAACUACGACAGCGCGGCUAGAACGAACAGAGCUCUCCAAGAAUUCGACGAAAAGGGUCAACCUUUGAUGACCCUGCUCGUCUUGAAAUCAACAUCGAAAGCGACGAUAACAAAGUUUCUUCUUGGAUUGAGCGAUCUUAAAACGGUCACGAACUUGGAGAAAGAAAUACCAGAGGUUCAAAGGAUAAAAACUUCAUCUUUAAAAAUGAUUCCGAAAUCGACGAGCAAAGAAGUCUUUCUCGACAUCGACGGCGAAAGAUCUCCGUAUGUUCCAACUUCAGUCUCUGUUCAUCCCCACAGCAUAUCGUUGAUUGCUUCCCUCCCUCUGAAAACAACAUUCUAA